AUGGGCGACGCCGGCUCUCCUCUCCCUCCUCCUCCGCCGCCACACUCCUCAUCCUCACCCUCUACCUCCACCUCCACCUCCACCUCGGCCUGGCACCAACAGAACCCCCAACCCGUCCGCGCCGGCCUGCCCAGCGCCAACCCAACGCGGUCCUUCUGGCAGACGUCCUUCCCCAACCGCCUGGCCCACCACCGCUCGACCCCGGAGCUCCCCGCCCACGCCGACCUGGUCGUCGUCGGGACGGGGAUCAGCGGCACCUUUGCGGUCGACGAGCUGCUGAAUAGCGCGGAAGCAGCAACGGCGGCGACAGCGACAGAAACAGAAACAGAGGCAGACGUCCAUCGCGCGAGUCUCUCCGUCCUGGUCCUCGAGGCCCGCACGCUCUGCUCCGCCGCCACGGGCAGGAACGGCGGGCAUUUGCAGCCCGUCAUCCACAAUGCGCCGGCGCACAUUAUCGAUUUCGAACUAGGCAAUUUCUGCCACGUCGAGGGCUACACUACCGAGACCGGGAAGUCUUCCUCGCCGUCACCCUCUUGGUGUGACUUUCGCCGGCUCGAAGGGUGUCUGGGGUUCUGGAACGAGGAGUAUUUCAGGGACGCCAAGCGAGAUCUUGCUGCCGCUGCCGCAAAUGCGCGCGUGGAAAGCGGUACGGACGGGGGCGAGAAUACACCCACCAAGAACGACUAUGCCGGCCUAGCCAGGGUGGUCGAGGACGCCGAGGAGCUGGAGGCGCUGGGGUUGCGCGUGGAGAGCGGCGCGGUCGGCGCCAUCGUCCAGAGCGUCGCGGCCAGCUUGAGUCCGUACAAGCUGUGCGUGGGCGUGUGGGAAGGUCUGCUCGAGAGGUUCGAGCAGAAGGGAAGCCCGGUCGCGGGGUGGCCAGAGAUGACGAGGGCCAGUCAAGGCACAGAGAACAAAGAGGGACGGCUGGUGUCGAGACCCACGUUGAAUUUACAGACGGAUACACCUGUCACGGCGCUGGAGAGCGGAGCGGACGGAUGGACACUGCACACCCCUCGCGGCAGCGUGCACGCGCGCACCGUCAUCCUCGCCACAAACGCAUACACGUCCUACCUGCUCCCGGGGUUCGCGCGCUUGAUCCGGCCCGUGCAGGCCCAGAUGUCUGCUCUCAUCCCUCCUCCGCCGCUUGGACCACGGGGUUCCGCGGCCCAUUGCAACACGAACGGGAGCGGGGACGAGACGCGCAGGAAGGACGGUGAAGCAAGCAGCAGGAGGAAGAAGUUGAUCCCGAUGAGCUACGGCUUCAUGGGCGUCGGCGACAUGGACCGGGUCAUGAGCGACUACCUCGUGCAGAAUCCGUAUCUUGUUCAACACCACCAUCGUGACUGUCGUCUCGACCAUGAGGCUCCUCACCAAGAAGUUGGACCCGACGACGACAUUCGAGACAGUGGUCAUAGCAGCACCAGCGAUAGAGGCGGCCACCUCAUGUUUGGCGGCGGGCGGCACCUGGCCCUCCACCACGGCGAGGGCGUGUGGGACGACGACUUUGUGGACCAGCACGUCGAGCGAUACCUGCGCAGCCUGCCCGAGAGACUCGACCUUGAUCUCGACCUCGACCUCGAUCUUGACCAGGACACACGCGACAUUCCCACGUCAUCAACAACGCAUAUCGAGAACCAGCCCCAGAGCCAGAGAGACAGACGCCGUCCCCUCGCCAUCGCGGCCUCCUGGACCGGCAUCAUCGGCCACUCCGCCGACGGCCACCCCUGGGUCGGCCCCGCGCCGGACCACGCCGGCAUCUUCGUCUGCGCGGGCUACACGGGCCACGGGAUGACGAACGCGCCGCUGUGCGGGCGCGGCGUGGCCCGGGCGGCCUUGCGGGAGGAGAUGAGAGGGAGAAGGCGGCGCCGGCGCCGCGGGAGCGCGAAGGAUCAGAAUCAGGAGGGAGAGGAGGGGAAAGAUGGGGAACACAGAGAAGGGGACGGACAUGGGGAUGGGGAGGUAGAUGUAGAUAUAGAUGUACCGCGAGAAUACCUGAUCACUCGAGAGCGGGUUGAGCGGGUCUUGCGAGGCUUGGGUCAAACAUGA